CCGAGGCGGGAACGGCGCGGGGUCGGGUCCCGCCGACGGCGGCGCCGACUACGCGCCUGUGGCUGUCGUAACCAGGUCGUAGCCUCAGACUGCACGGUCAACAUCAUCACUGUCGAUCUGUUCACAGCUCAUAUACAUACACGAUGGGUAUGCGCAAGAAGAGGGCCCGUAUUGGAAUCCAGAACUUGCAACAUUAUGCACAGAAGAAGAACGUAAGGCAAGCAACCGAAAUACCCGAGCCGUCGACUUCGAGUGCAGACGGUGCAACGCCACCGACGCCUCCUACCUUCCUGGCAGCAUAUGACUCUGCGCAGAAGCGGAUCUCAGACUUGGCCCUACACCGUCAGGAGGUGCUCGCAGAAAUAACACAACCGGCUACCGUGGCCACCAUCGCUCGUCCUGAGCACAGGAACUACGAAACCUGGACAGGCACGGUCGCGUCGUUCGGCGCGCCAUCCAGUAGUAGGGCUGUGGCGACUCCUUCGAGUCCAAGACCUCCUCCCUCACAGGUGGAAUCGACUGCGACGUCACCUACUGCUACGCGUGCCUCUGACCGCUUGAAAAAUCGUCAUUCUCAGCAUACAUCAGAGAAGGUCUUGGGAAAGCGGAAGGCCGCUGAGCCAGAGGAGCCAUGUUCAGCCGAGUUUACACCUUUCCCUCAGGCGAGAGAUGAGUUGGUGGAUCAGCGACGUCGCAUAAGCCAGUUUGGAGAGGGUCUCAUACACGCGGGCACCCUUAUAAGGGAGCAAGCCUGGAACGCGGAUGAAACCUGGGUCUCGGACGUACUGUGUCGAGCCAACCUCCCUGUUUUGGCGGCAGAGCUGCAUGCAGUCCUUUCCUCGCAUUCACAUUGACGGAACACACUCAUCUUUUAUCCGCUGAGGCUGAGCACCACACACUGUAUAAUCUCGAUGGGUACACUUUUGCUACAGCUACACGGA